AUGACGACUCCCAGGCUCUUAUACACAAUUGAACAACCACACGGGCUCGGCGAACUGUACUUUAAGUGGCAAAAAGGCGAAUCUCAUUCACUUCUUGCUACCACUGGCACUGAUGCGACAGUAGCUAUACACGAUAGAGGCGGAAAAUUACUUGAAAGAAUUAAACUACCAGGCUUAUGUUCUGGUAUGGAAUGGGAUAAUGAUGGUGAUUAUUUGGCAGUCAUUACACCAAACAGUAAUACUGUGCUACUUUGGGAGUGUCAUUCUAAUAAACGGAUCAAUAUAGAGACAGGGCUCCGAGAGGCUCCGUCAUGUCUGGCAUGGUACUAUGGAGAACCAUUGUUAGCUAUUGGGACGCAGAAAGGAAAUCUGGCUUUGUACAAUCAUCACACUACUAAGAGAAUACCUAUAUUAGGCAAACAUACAAAGAAGAUUACAUGUGCAGCAUGGAAUCGUGACAGUAUAUUGGUACUUGCCUCAGACGAUAAGAACUUAUCAAUAAACAAUUCCGACGGAGACACACUUAGAAUGAUAUCACUUAGAGACAUACCAAAUGAUUUACAAUUUUCAGAAAUGAAGACCGAUGAAAGAGUUUCAGGAGAAAAUACUAUAAGUCUUAUUGUUGGAAAACGGACUCUGUAUUUAUACAAUCUCUUGAAUCCAGAGAAUCCGAUUGAGCUGGCAUUCCAACAGAGAUAUGGAGCGAUAGUAUCAUACAAAUGGUAUGGAGAUGGUUACAUCCUCAUAGGAUUCAGCGGUGGAUAUAUCAUUGCUAUAUCAACACACAUAAAAGAAGUUGGUGAGGAAUUAUUCCAAGUGAAAAAUCACAAGGAGAAUCUGUCCGAUGUGGCAGUUUUCAAUGGACAGGCUGCAUCAUGUGGGGAUGGCCAACUUAAGCUCAUCUCGGUGUGGAACAGUGGUGAGGUCUGUGGUUCCAUAGUUCCAGUGGGCGGUAGUGAGAGGGUUGAGUGGAGUGCAGACGGGCGACUCUUGGCCACGGCUGGCAGGGGAUACCUCAGCGUGUACGUGUCUGCGCUGCCUCCGCUCCACGCGUCGCACGGCACCAGGGUUGUCACGCUCACCAAUCUCACGGAGGUUACAGUCUACCAAUGUAUCGGCGUUGGAGAUGACAGCGACGCGGUUAAUAAAUCGGAGCCGGCAGCCCUAGCCACGUACAGCUUGCCUACGGAGCCCGAGCUGCUGUCUCUAGGGGGUUCUCACGUGUGCUGCUCAUCUGGUGUGGUGGGGUGGUUCGUGCCUUUGGGGGGCGGGUCCCCUCACCGUAGACAUUACCCGGGGGCUCCCAGCGCCCUCACUGCCACGGGAGGCUACGCUGCCGCACUCUUCGACGGCAAAGCCAUGUUGCAUUCGAUCGAAGCGUCGUCGUGUGAGGCGGAGCGCGAGGCCAUGCUGUUCCCUGAGCAGCACAUGAGCGGCGUGAGGAUCGUGGACAUACAUCUCACAAGCGACUUCUUUAUAUUCGUCACUGAUCAAGGUCACAUCGAGUACUUCAGUAUCACCAGCUGGUGCUCGUGUUCCCGCUACCGUCACGCGGCGGGCGCGCGCUCCCUCCACUGCGACAUCAGCGGCGCGCGGGCGCUGCUGGUGGACGGACGUGCCCGCGCGCACGUGUACAGCGCGCCCGCCGGGGAACUGUGCGCGCUGGUCGAUACACACAUCGUUAAAUCCGCGGUAUGGGACAUCUGUCUGUCUGAUCGUAACGUGUUCGCGGUGUACACGGGCGAGGCGGUCCACACGUACUGUUACUCGCCGAGUUCUAUCGAUGGACCGCACGUUGAUUUCGUGGCCACAACCGCCAUGGAGCAAGUGCUAUUGAUCCUGUUCUCUGGUGAUGUGUACUGUUAUUCAAGCGGAGGCGGCGUUUUAAGAAUACCUCUUGAUUCUCACAACACGAGCGGUCUGGCUGAUGCUGAUACAGAGAAACGUGUGCUGAACCAGAGACAGCAUAUCAAUAAACUGCUGCUGUUGAGACGAUUCACUGAAGCAUGGCUGUUCUGUGACGCUGUGGAUGAAGAGGAUUUGUGGAGGAAACUUGGAGAGGCGGCUGUGGCCGAACUAGCUGUAGAAUUCGCGAUACGUGUGUAUACAAGACUUAGCGACGUCGCCAUGGUCUGGGCCUUGGAGGACGCGCUUCAUAUAGAGGAGAUACCCGUGUUAUGUGGGAUGUUAUGCGCGUGUCUUGAUAAAGGAGAGGCGGCCGCUCGGUGGCUGGAAAAUGGACCACCGGUGAGGGCGUUAGAGAUAUAUGCAGCGAGGGGAGAGUGGGGACGAGCGGCUGACCUGGCAGCCACCACCUGCCCUUCACGAGUACCAUACACCGCGCUACAUCAGGCACAGCAUUUGGAACUCACGGCCGAUUACCACGAAGCUCUCGCGAAUUAUGAGAAGAGUAUUAUAACAGAAAACUUAGACGACGUUAAAGUGAAAGAACAUAACGAGAAGUGUGAAGCUGGUAUAGCUCGGACCUCUAUACGAUGUGGUGACGUCAUGAGAGGAGUUACUACUGCUAUGAAACUAUCACACUAUCCGAAUUUACUUAAAGACUGCGCCCAGUUACUAGUAGAAGAAAAACAAUACAGCCACGCCGCGGCGUUGUACGACCAUGCAGGGAAUACUGAAAAGGCUGCUUCGCUGUACAUUAAACUGAAAUCCUGGCUUAAAGUAGAGGCUCUACUACCCAAAAUCCAUUCGCCGAGCAUACACCUGCAAUAUGCGAAAGCAAAAGAGGCUGAAGGCAGAUAUGGAGAUGCCUUAAAAUCGUAUUUGAAAGCUCAAGACUUUGAAUCAGCCAUUCGCUUGAACUUGGACAAACUAGAUGAUAUAGACGAAGCCGUUAAUCUGGUUCAAGAGACCAAAUCGGUGCAAGGGGCGAAGAUGGUGGCCAAUUAUUUCCAAAACAGCGACGAUCCGACGUCGGCUAUAAAAUUCUUAGUUAUGUCCCUCUGUUAUGACGAAGCAUUUCAAUUGGCGCGUAAGAAUGGGAAACUGCAUUUAUACGGAGAAAUUCUGAUACAGACGUCACAUGCGAGGGCCGAGGAUUUCAGGAGUUUGGCGUUACACUUCGAAGGGGAAAAGAACAGUCUGUUGGCCGGCAAGUAUUAUUACCACGCGGGAGAUUAUAAUAAGGCCAUGACACAUCUACUGAAGGCGGGUGCUACGGAGAACGAUGAAAACGAAGCUAUUACCAUCGCUAUAGACUCUGCUGCCGCUAGUGAUGAUGAGAGAUUAACUAGGAGGUUAAUAGAGUUUCUUCUGGGCGACAUGGACGGCAACCCUCGUGAUCCGCGCCACCUUUUCCGUCUAUAUAUGGCCAAAAAGCAGUUCACUGAAGCUGCUAAGACAGCGGUAGUUGUAUGUGCGAGUGAGUGCGCCGUAGGCAGAUACCGCGAGGCUCGCGACGUGUCCCGAGGGCUUGUCUGUGCGUUGAGAACACGUCGCGCGACGCCUCCUAGAGAUCUGAUGCACCACCUGGCGCUGCUGCACUCUUAUAUACUGGUGCGGACUCACGUGCGUCGCUCGCGUCACGACCUGGCGGCCGUCCUCUUGCUACGGACGGCAUCUGAAGUAUCUUUCUUCCCUACAGAACAACACCAAGUGUCAAUAUUAACGUCGACGGUGAUCGAGUGUGUGCGCGCCGGCAUGAAGCACCAGGCGCACCAGUGGGCGCGCGUGUUGAUGGAGCCGCGAUACAGGAACAAGAUCGACCCCAAGUACAUAAAGAAGGUGGAGUCAGUAGUCCGUCACCCCCCGCGCGGCUCCCCUCCUCCCGCGCCCCGUUCCCCGUGUCCCCGCUGUGACGCGCCGCUGGUCCGCUCUGCGCUCACAUGCAGCAGCUGUGAGGACGACGUGCCCUUCUGUAUAGCCACUGGUCUUCAUAUUGAGAAGGAGGAUUUAACAGCAUGUCCAGAGUGUGAUUUCCCUGCUAUAUAUUCAGAAUUCAAGGAAAUUCUCUCCGAGGAAGGCAAGUGUCCGAUGUGUAACGAAUCAGUGGAUUAUCGACGACUGAUGAGAAUAGAUGACGUGUCGCUAUACUUGGACUCUAAGACGAGUCAAUAA